UACUACUCGGGCCGAAUCUCAUGAUCAAAUUUGGAACAACAAGUAUCUCAGGACACGUGGUAGAUAGGAGCAAAAAUAGUGUAUCUAGAUGAAUACAUCUAAAUGAUAUGUCAGCUCAAUAUACUAAAUUAAGAUUGAGGAAAAACACGAGAGAAACCAUAAUGUUUUCGGGAGAAGAAAAAAACUACAUUGGUCGCAUGUGGAAGUAAUCGAGGAACGCUUCCAGUCGACGACAGUUUAUGACGUUGAGCUCUAUUUUUUCUGGUCGAUAUCAAUACUUUCUGAUGAAUUUCACGGACGUUUGCCAUUGCAAAUGACUUAUUUCUCAUGACAAAAAGAAAGAGGACCCGCUAACUCCACAAUAGUAGCAGGCAUGUCAGAGUCUGGUCACACGCGGUUUUGUGCAAUUAACGUUAGCUAGCUGCUGUGUUUUCCUUUCGUGAACUGCUCUGUCUUGCCAGGCAUAUUUAGUAACGUUAAUGUAUUAUUGCAGAAAUGUAACAGGAGUCGACUGUAGUUGCUAGCAAACGUUACAUAAAACCAGUCUUACCAAAUAAUAGAAGAGAGAGAGAGAGGACUUAAACGUUACAUGUUGGGCAUUAGCUACAAGAUAGCUCUACGACCCACCAUCCCAACAAGAGCAGUGCUGGAAAGUGUCACGGUCAGAAAGGUUUUGAAGGUGUCCCACUUGCAAAGUUGUUGGAUGGGAACGCUCGGACGCAACGAGCCGCGGGAACCCCUAAACUCUCCGAAAAGAGCGAAAGAAUUCAUCUACAGCCUUCACCCCAAAGAAAGAACAUGCUUGCUGAAAGAACUGCAGAGCUUUGAAUCCAUAGCUAUCGCUCAAGACUCUGAGGUGUCCAGCUCCACAAGCCAGUUGCGUGGCCAGAGUGAGACACCUGAAGGAGAAGUGGGGUUACAGGAGACUCAAGAGGCUUCACCGCUUACUCGAGCUCAGAUCAAAUACGUGCUUCUACACAAUGCGAUCCCCUUUAUUGGUUUUGGCUUCCUGGACAAUGCCAUCAUGAUUGCAGCAGGAACCCAGAUUGAGUUGUCUAUAGGUGUCACCUUUGGAUUAUCUACCAUGGCAGCUGCAGCUCUUGGGAACCUAGUGUCAGACCUGGCUGGACUUGGUCUUGCCGGAUACGUGGAGGUCCUAGCCUCCAGGCUAGGGAUGCAGGUUCCUGACCUCACACCCAAGCAGGCGGACAUGUGGCAGACCAGGGUUAGCUCCCACAUGGGAAAAGGCAUUGGAGUCACAAUCGGAUGCAUUCUCGGAAUGUUCCCCCUGUUAUUCCUAGGGGAUGAUGAGGAUGAGAGCAAGAAAAAAGAAGCACACACCAACACCACAGACUCUUAACAGCAUGUGAACCAGCUUUCUGGUCUCAGGGUCAAUUGCAAGCUGCAUCAUCAGCAUGAUUUUAAAUGAAUCUCUAACUCUGGAAAACCUUUCUUCUCUAUUUCAUAAUAUAAUACAUGUAAUUUAUCCAAAGCGACAUAGUCAUGGGUGCACACAUUUUACUUUCGGGUGGUCCCGGUAAUCGAACCCACUGUGCUGGCAUUGCAAGCGCCAUGCUGAGCUACCAAAUAACCUUCCAAAAAUGUACUAUGAGCCAUUAGGCUUACAAAGUAGUUGCAUUUGAUGGCAAGUUAUUUUCAUAGGAUGGAUUUUGUAGAUGAAUUUGCCUAGGAGUUGAAAAUGACUUUGAGAUGACUUUAAACCAAUGUUUUAAGAUUGUGAAACAAAGGAACACGUGUGAACUGCUACCUCGAUGGCAUUUUAUUUUUAGGGAUUUGAAACGGCAAGAGUUGAACUAGCUUGUGCAAUAUAUAUUUUUUCCAAGGAUACGUAUUUUUUGUUGAAGAAUUUCUGUACAGUAUAUUAUGCAUUGAACUUUAUUGAUUUAGUUUGUAAACAAGGAAAAAGCAAUUACGCUAUGAUUAUUAGCACUACCAACCCUGUUUUUCAGACGCAUAAUUACAAACAUACCUCUACUAUACACGCACUAAAUUGAGUGGGUGUAAUGCCUUGGGUUCCUAGCAUGUCAGGCGUAAGUUGCCUAUCUAUUCUAACUGCUGAUCUAUGUCUCUUAGCUUUCACAUUUCUUUUUAGCAAAGCCAAUUUUCACAGUCCAUACCAUAGAAGUGCCUCACUUUAUUUUCUUCACAUCACUCUAACCAAAUGUAUUUUUAUGACCUUUUUAAAAACCAGCACGUAGGAGAUUUUAUUUUGUGAAGUAUUAAACUUCAUGUUUGAAAGAACGUCAUUGUUAAUAUGCUUGAUUUUAAAGAAAUUUAAGGAAACGAAGUAAGCUGAACAACAGAGUAAAACUGCGCACUCACUGUUUGUUGAAAUGCAAUUACAGCACCUACUAUUCCGUUGCCGUUAUGAUUGACUUUUUGUAGGAUAGUUACUGUUUGUUCACUGAUAGACAACCAUUUGCUUAUGGUGGCCUAAUCAAACUAGUCAUUUAUUGUGUGAAAGGAUCUUCUUUGUGUUUUCUGUCUAUGAAUAUUGGUGUUCGUUUUUCCGUUUGCCUUUUCGUAUUACAGUAAAUGCAGUACUUAAACUGUUCAUAAUGACCCUUAUUAUUUAAACUAUUACUGCCAAAUGCAGUUUUUUUUUUGUCACAAGUACUUGGCUGUAAAAAAAAACCUGCAUAUUUCAGCACAACCAGACUGAUAAGAAAACGGGCACCAAGGUGUAACAUAAAUGCUUUGAUGGGUUUUGUUUGAAAGCAAUGGAAAUGUUCUGUUCUGGGUGACUAGUAUUUCUGCAGUUUGAUCAUGGUCUCACUCCAUCCUUUUCUUCAGCGCUAAUAGAAGCCAUGCACUUGUUCCUCACCUCCUCUGCCCUCUGGUGGACGGAGACAUUUUCUAUCUGCCCCGACUCGUUCUCCCUACUGCUUAUCCUCCUGGCGUCCUCUGUUCUUGCUUGUUGCGCCACUGUUCUGGGCUUGCUGGAGACUCCUGGUCACAUGUGCCCUUCAGCUGUUUUAGGCUCUACGGCUCCAGAGACCCUUGAUCCACACGCUCUGUCCUCUUCUAUUUGGUGUUUGUCUAACUCCACUCCAUUGGUCUCUUCUAUAGUCUCGGAAAUCCCAGACAUAUGUUGGAACAUGUUAAUGUGGAAGGUAAGCCAUCUUGCAUCUCUGGGAUGUAUUUGGCUCUUGCCAAUUUUCUCCUGCAACCUUCAUGGGAUGUCUCCAUCUCUUUCUUCUGUCUUUCGCCUGAACACUUUCUCUAUCCCAAACAUGUACAUCAAGUUUCCUUCAAUCUUGUUUGGUGUUCUGUUCUCCAGUUUGAUUCCUGUGGUAUGGUUCUCUGUGUUUGUCUGUUUUGCCAUCUGUAUCUGAACCUCACUCCCUGUCAUUGCUUUCCAACUCUUCUCUCCCUUCUUGGCUAUUGGUCCACCAUGAUAGUGGUGUCCUCUCACCAUGAUGUCAAAGCACACCUCGUCUGAUUCUUUUUUCUCUUUGUCACCAUUAACGACAUGAUAGAAAGUCUGGCAUGGUAAUAAGAACUAUUCAUUUAAACAAACAUGGACUUAUCUAAUGCUCAUCCCCACUCUCAUGUAAACGACAGGCACAUAAAAUGUAUCUAUGCUGCCAUGUUUACAUACUUAUGCCAACAAAAAUAGAGAAAAUACUGUUUGAUCGCUCUUGUAUUUUGCAAUGAUUUAAUAAACCGAUUUGAACUAUUUCACCAUUUGACCUCUAGGCUUUAUGGGUAUUAUGACUCAUACUGUGGUACUCUAUACUAAUCAACUGAAAUAUGUUAAUCCCAUGCUAAAUUGGCCUGAGUGGGGCUACAUCAUUUGUGGGGGAUGACAUGUUUACUGUUGCCUUGUUUCUAUUGUGGCAUUGUGUUUCUGUGCACCAAUGGAAAUGAGUAUCCAGCCUAUGUAUUGAAUAAAUGGAAUUGGAUUGUGA